AGAGAGAGGAGAAAGGAAAAGUGAGAAUCGUGUGUGUUCUUUCUUCCUUCUCCUUUUUUUAACAGUGAAAUCCACUCUAUUUUCUGUUCCUCUCGUCCUUUUAAAUCUUCUUGUUUUCUCUGAUUCUUCCCCUGCCUCAUUCAGACACAAACUACUUCCUCUGCUUCUCUCUACCUCAUUUUCUCUGUUACCAAACAUUAUUUCCUUUAAUGGGUAGGAGAGAAUAGAGUUAGAAAACCAGAAAAUUGCAAUCUACCCUCUUGCUUCUUUGAUUAAUUUCUUUCUUAAAAGUUCCAAUCUUUUCUCUGUAUGACAUUGAAAUAGACAUUUAUAAAGAAAAAUUAAAACUUUUAAAGUUGUGAUUUUUUGUUAUUUUAUUUAUUUUUUCUCUUAGUUUUCUCUGUGGGUUAUCUUGGUUUUUGGUUACAAUGAGUCUGCAACACCUGCAGAUUGAAUUUGAUCGUUACAGCGGGAUACAAGGGAUGAACUUUAUAUUUCCUCCUCUUUCUCUUUCCAACUCUAUUGGGGUUAUGACUCUUCCUGUGGAGAUAGAGGCCAGGAAUUCUCAAAUGGGAUUUCAGAUGAGUACCUUUUUAAUGAAACAAAACAAGAGACCUUUGAGUUUUGAGUCAGUAGAAAGGGGGGAAGGAAAGAGAGAUGGCGGUGGUGAUGGGAGAAAUGGGAUUUUGGGUGUUGAGAAGAAGGGAUUGUCUCUGAAUUUGGAUGAGGAAGAUGAAGGUAAGGGCUCUGGUGGUGGCAACAAUGGGCACACUAAACUUUGUGCCAGGGGUCACUGGAGACCUGCUGAGGAUGCCAAGCUAAAGGAACUUGUGACCCAAUAUGGUCCUCAAAACUGGAACUUGAUAGCCGAGCAUCUUGAAGGAAGAUCAGGGAAGAGUUGUAGAUUGAGAUGGUUUAACCAGCUAGAUCCAAGAAUCAACAAAAGAGUUUUCACUGAGAAGGAGGAGGAGAGACUUUUGGCUGCACAUAGGUUGUAUGGGAACAAAUGGGCAAUGAUUGCUAGGCUGUUCCCAGGCAGAACUGAUAAUGCUGUGAAGAACCAUUGGCAUGUAAUAAUGGCAAGGAAACACAGAGAGCAAUCCAGCAUUUACAAAAGAAGAAUGCCCUCUUCUUCUUCGACCCCUCAUCAAGUCAUGACAAGCCAAAACAAUGCCUGCAGCACUACUGAAUCAACCAUCUCAAGCAACAAAGAUGAAUCUGCUGCCUCUAUUUGCACCACUGAUCUCUCUCUCUCCCCCUCUUCCUCUAAAGCUCCCCUUGGAUAUUUCUCUAGUUUUAUUCCCGUUCAGCAAAUGGGAUCAUUUGGUGAAACGGUUAAGAGCAAGGGAAAUGGAGAUUUUGAGAAGAUUUAUGCCAAUACAAAUAAGUUCUACAAGCAAGCACCUCUGGGAGUGGUUGGAGGUGGCGGUAUGGACCAAUCUGGGCACUCAGAUUCAAACUCAGAAGUGUCAGGAGCUGAGUCGGUGGGCACCAACAAGACCAAUCUCUCUAAUUCUUCGGAAUGUGAAAAUGGCAAUGAAAAGACCAACAUGCCCUUCAUUGAUUUCCUUGGAGUAGGAGCCUCUUAAGUCUUAGGACAGUGGUUUUUCAGGGUAAAACUAGAGAAGAGAAAGGGAGCUGAAUGCAAAGGCGAAACACCCCGCGCCCCGCCCCCCCAACAAAAGAAGAGAGUUAACUUUGCUGGGUUAAUUUUGCCAUUGAUUCACCAAUGGGGAAAAAUGUGGGCCUGAUUUUCUGCAGAAGGUCAUAUCUCUACCGUCUUCGUUCUUGUACAGUUAGUGCCCUAAAUGGCAGAAGAGAGCAAAAGUUAAAAAAGGUAGACAUAGGAGAGAGAGAGAGAGUAUGAGGAGUUAACUGUUGGUAUUAAAAUAAAAAUAAAAACCUCAAAUCUAUUAUUGGGUUUUACCCUUGUUAUGCAGGAAAAAAGAGGGCAGGCUUUA